AUGAAUGUAUCUAUGUCUUUGUAUAAUAAUAUAUCUUCAUCUAAACAACUAGAACCAUGUUAUAUUCUACGACCUCUUGGAUAUUAUUUAUUAGUUCUUUGGAUUAUUGGUACAAGUCUAAAUGCUUACAUAUUAUAUGUAUUUAUACGAUAUAAAAAUUUACGUCAAUCAUCAACGAAUAUAUUCAUUUGUGGUUUGAUAUUAGUAGAUUUUUGUGGAGCUUUGUUCGAAAUACCAUUAUCAGCUAUUGCACUCGUAGGAUGCAGAUGGAUGUUUAGUUAUGUUGGUUGUGUACUAGAAGCUAUUAUAGCUUAUUUUGCUGGUUGUUCAAAUAUGUAUAUGUUGUGUUUAAUUUCUAUUGAUAGAUAUUUUGUUGUGACAAGAUUGUGUUCAACGUCAGUUAUAUUGGUUAAACAUGCUUAUAUAACUGUUUUAUGUGGUUAUUUAUUAGCUUUAUUUUGGACAUUACUUCCGGUUAUUGGAUGGUCUAGCUAUGAUUAUGAAGGUGUUGGAGCAUCUUGUAGUGUAAAAUGGGAAGAACGAUCAUUGAAUGUAACUAGUUAUAAUCUAACUAUUUUUAUAUUUGUUUACCUAAUACCAGUUAUUAUUAUUAUUGUAACGAAUAUAAGUGCUUUUCAUGUAAUUCGUAAACGUCGACGUCGCACAGGUCUAAAUUUAGGUGAAUCUCAUGCUCAUCGUCAAUAUUUAAUUGAACGUCGUAUAACGUACACUGUUAUUUUCAUCAUUGGUGGUUAUCUUCUUGCUUGGACUCCAUAUUCAAUAAUGAGUUUUAUUCGUGCCUUUAUUGAUGCUGAGUAUUUUUCGCCUAUUCUCGGAACAAUACCAGCGAUUUUUGCUAAAACAAGUCUUGUGUGGAAUCCUUUAAUAUAUGUUAUACGUAACGGAAAUAUUCGUCAUUAUCUUCCAUUCUGUAGAAAUUAUCGUUUUAAAGAAACAAAUAUAAAAGGUAUAACUAAUCUUAUAAUUUGUGACAAUCUUUGGGAAAUGGCAACAAAUAACAUAUCAGAAACGGGUCUUGAUUCACACAAACGAAAAAUAUUUAUUCAAAAAUUAGGUGCUGAUACAACAAAAUGGUCAUUAAAAGAUUAUUUCUCGAAGUAUCCAAUCGAGUGGUGUGAUGUUCCAAUUGAUGAAUUAGAUGAACAAGUAUCAUGUCUUAGUCUACCCACAAAAAAAUAUCGCAUUCAUAUUACAAAUUUACCGGCGAAUAUAGAUGCCGAGACAUUAUCACAAGAAUUCGAUUGGGACAUUUAUGAUAUUGUUAUGAAUCCGUCCAACAAUGAUCGAGCAUUGUCAACAGAGUGUUGGCUGAAAAAUGCCAUUGAUGAAAGAGAAGUGAACAAUUUUGGUCAAAGGUGGAAUAAACAAAGCAUCAAAGGAUCAAUCAUUCAAUGUGAGAAAGAAGAAGAUGAAAUAGAAUUUUGUAAUAAAUUUCAGUUUGGUCGGUGUGAAAAAAGUAGUGACGAAUGUCAUUGGGAACAUAUACCUUGUACGGCAAAUGGUGCUUGUUCGUUGACUUGUCCUUAUGGCCAUGCAUUUGGAAUGAAGACAGAACAUGAUUCUCCAAAUAGAACCUGUACGGACUAUCGCAUCAAAAUAACUGGUUUUCAAACAGAAGUCACAUCCCAAAAUCUUACUCAGCGAUUUGGUUCAAACAAGUAUUAUGUCGAUCGAAAACAUGAUCGUAUUGGCUACGUGGUCAAAAUCAAAACUAUGAAAUAUGCGAAACAGUUGAUGACAAAAUGGCAUAAUAAAAACAUUGAUGGCCAACUAAUAAAAUGUCAAUUAGAACUCAAUCCAAUCCUAUUCACUCAUCGUCAUCGCUCUCAAUCACGAGCAGCAUUGGCUGAUAGAGAACAGAAACAUAACCGUUGCCGCAGUCGUCCACGAGAUGCUUCCAGUAUCCAAAGUAGUCAAGAAACAUCUGAUCUCGGUGAUACUGACAAAACUUUGUCGAUAACAUGUGACAACCGAGAAAUGGAGAGAGACCGUCGCAUUAUUCGCAAAGCUUUUAAUGAUAUUACUCCAACUCCAUCGAAGACUAAUCUGCAUCAUGCAAGUUCAUCAGAAAGUAUCUCAACAUUGGUCGAAGCGAAAUAUCAGUUACCAAGCGAUGUAUCCGCAGAUGAAUGGGAAAUAACAAAAAGCGCAUCCAAUAGCGAUGGAAAAGUAUUAUUAAUACGUGGCAAAGCAGAUCGAAAACGUCUAGCCGUAAUCAAGAUUUACCCGAAUCAAUCCUUGAAGGACUUGUAUCAAGAAAUAACUGUAAUGAAACAUCUAAAAGAUGUGCAAGGUGUCAGUCAAUUGAUUGAACCAGAGAAUAUAUCGAACAAUCUUACUCAACAAAGUCUUGACAAAGCCAAUCUAUGGAUGAUUAUGAAACGUGCUCCUGGAUAUUCGUUAAAAGAAUUCAUCGAACGAAAAUAUCGAGUUGUCCUUGAAAUUUCAACAGCCAUUCAACUUACUCUGAAUCUAGUAAGAAUUCUUCAACAGGUGCAUGGUAGAGGUAUCUUCCAUCAGAAUUUAUCACCUGAAAAUAUUAUGAUCGAAUGGGAUUUAAACAGUACAUCGAUUGAUCAAGCCCUAUUGACUGUGCUGAAUUUCAGUCAUGCUGUCUUUGUAUCGACCAGUAAAGAUACGGCAAUUGUAUCAUCAACACAGAAAUGGUAUCAUGCACCGCAAACGAAUAUCACAAAAUUGAGUUCGACGAUUGAUGCAUCUGGGAUUUGUGCGAUUCUUUUUUGGUUACUGACACAGAUGGAUCCUCGACGUGAGAAUGAUGAACUUCCUCAUCAACAAGCUCGCGAUAAACUCAAUGACAUGAUUAAAGGUGCUGUCAACUCGACAAGUUUACAAAAUCAGCUGAAAACGUAUCUAAUGGACACAUUUGAUUGUGCUUUCGGCUAUCCAAACUACCAUCCAUGGACGAUCAAUGACCUCGAAUGUCGACUAGAGUCGAUUCAUCAAUUAUUGGUACCAAAUGUUCCAGAACUGACUACAAUAAGUGCCAUUUUUCAACAAUUGGCAUCAAUCUCUGACUCAUUACCGACGCCACCUACCACAAUCAAUGAUGCUCAACGAGAUGCCUUUGAAAAAGCAGCAAAAGCAUUCUUUCUCUACAUUGAUUUAGCUCCAUUUUUACCAUCGAAACCUGGUGAUGGCAUUUCUGCAACAGCGACAUGGAUUCAAAGUGCUACUACUGUGGCUGGUGUUAAUAGUCCAGGAUCUGCACUUAAUCAGUUGUAUUAUCCCCGUGGCCUCGUUGUUGAUGAAAAUCACACUAUUCAUGUUGCAGAUUGGGAAAAUCAUCGUAUAGUGAAAUGGUAUCGUGGCGUUUCUAUUGGUCAAAUAGUAGCAGGUGGGCAUGGACAAGGAAACCAUAUAAAUCAAUUGAAUGAACUGUCCGAUGUUUUGGUCGAUAAAGAUGAAACAAUGUAUAUAAGUGACAAUGGCAAUCGGCGUAUUUUGCGAUGGUCUCAAGGUGCUCAAAAUGGAGAAACAAUUAUUGAAAAUAUCUCUAGCUUUGGUAUAGCACAAGAUGAUCAAGGAUCACUUUACGUGUCUGACUCGAUCACAGGUGAAGUGAAGAAAAGGCAUGUUGGUGAUACGAUUGGACAAGUGAUCAUUUCGGGACUAAAUCAACCUAAUACAUUAUUUAUUGAUCGAAAUCGAUCUGUCUAUGUAGCCGACACCCAUAAUCACCGAGUAAUAAAAGUGGAUGAAGGAACAACACAACUUUCGAUUGUUGCUGGUGGAUCUCAUGGUCAUGGAUCAAACCAUUUAUCAUUCCCGCGCGCUGUUAUUGUCGAUGCGUUGGGCACUGUUUAUGUGGCGGAUACUAAUAAUCACCGAUUAAUGCGGUGGCCACAUGGAGCUGAAUCAGGCAGUGUCAUUAUUGGUAGUCGUGGCCAAGGUUCGCAAUCUGAUCAACUUAGUGGACCCACUGAUUUAUCAUUUGAUCUUGAAGGAAAUCUCUAUGUCGUCGAUCAUUAUAAUCAUCGUGUGCAAAAAUUUGCACUUAAUACGAGUUCAUGUUGA